GCAUAUUUAGCUCCCAUAGCUACUCCUCUCUUUUGGAGAUUGUACUGCUCCGACCCAUUGGUUAAAUAAUAUUCAACCGCUUCCAGUCCUAAAUCAUAUGCUUAUAAACAGUUACAGCCAGGGGCGGACUGACAACUCAUGGGGCCCCCGGGCAAUAGGGGAUCAUGGGGCCCCUGUGUCCUUGCCAAAACUCAAAAAAGCCUAUGAAAAAGGUACCAGGGGCAUCUCAUGGGGCCUCCUACUGACUCCGGGCCCUCUGGCAGUGCCGGGUUUCCAAAUGGUCAGUCCGCCCUGG